UCUGCCUUAAAUCACUCAGAAGACAACGCAUCCUCAAGACAGCCGGACAGCGAAGCAUAUAUUCCCUUUCUUAAAUUAGCCACUCUAAGCUUCGCGAUACCGCCCCCAAUUUCAGUGUCGGUACGGAGCCGCCAGGCCGGGACAGAGACGGAGAGAGAGCCCUCGGCCAUGGAAGCGCUCGGACCCGGGGAAUGGACACAGCCAAUUUCAGAAGAACAAGAGGGCCCCCCUGCCCCCACCUCCCUCUUCCAGCCUCCCCGUCGACCCGGCAUGGGCACGGUGGGGAAGCCCAUCCGCCUCCUGGCCAACCACUUCCAGGUGCAGAUUCCCAAGAUUGAUGUCUACCACUACGAUAUCGACAUCAAGCCUGAGAAACGCCCUCGGAGGGUCAACCGGGAGGUGGUGGACACCAUGGUACGGCACUUCAAGAUGCAGAUCUUUGGAGACCGCCAGCCGGGCUAUGAUGGGAAGAGGAACAUGUACACGGCUCACCCCCUGCCCAUAGGGAGAGACAGGGUGGACCUGGAAGUGACCCUCCCUGGGGAGGGGAAGGACCAGACGUUCAAAGUGUCUCUGCAAUGGGUGUCAGUGGUGAGCCUGCAGAUGCUCUUGGAUGCCCUGUCUGGACACCUGAACGAGGUCCCUGAGGACUCCGUGCAGGCCCUGGACGUCAUCACACGCCACCUGCCUUCCAUGAGGUACACCCCAGUGGGCCGCUCCUUCUUCUCCCCCCCAGAGGGCUACUACCACCCCCUGGGCGGAGGCCGGGAGGUGUGGUUCGGCUUCCACCAGUCCGUCCGUCCUGCCAUGUGGAACAUGAUGCUCAACAUCGAUGUUUCAGCCACAGCGUUUUACCGAGCCCAGCCAGUCAUAGAGUUCAUGUGCGAGGUCCUGGAUAUCCAAAACAUCAACGAGCAGACCAAGCCACUCACCGACUCCCAACGCGUCAAGUUCACCAAGGAGAUCCGAGGUGGGUGGGGACCUGCAGGUCUGAAAGUAGAGGUCACACACUGUGGCCAGAUGAAGAGGAAAUACCGCGUGUGCAAUGUUACACGUCGCCCCGCCAGCCACCAAACGUUCCCUCUGCAGCUAGAGAACGGCCAAGCCAUGGAGUGCACAGUAGCACAGUACUUCAAGCAGAAGUACAGUCUGCAGCUCAAAUACCCCCACCUACCCUGUCUGCAAGUAGGGCAGGAACAGAAGCACACUUAUCUGCCCCUGGAGGUUUGUAAUAUUGUGGCAGGGCAGCGCUGCAUCAAGAAACUAACAGACAACCAGACGUCCACCAUGAUCAAAGCCACCGCUCGCUCCGCUCCCGACAGACAGGAAGAAAUCAGCCGACUGGUCAAAAGCAACAGCAUGGUGGGUGGUCCCGACCCCUACCUGAAGGAGUUUGGAAUCGUGGUCCACAACGACAUGACGGAGGUGACAGGCCGUGUGCUCCCAGCGCCCAUGCUGCAGUAUGGGGGCCGGGUGAGCACUGACACUGGAAGGGACUGUGGCAGGGGACUCUCUCCGCAGAAUAAGACCGUGGCCACGCCCAACCAGGGCGUGUGGGACAUGAGAGGGAAGCAGUUCUACGCUGGCAUCGAGAUCAAGGUGUGGGCUGUGGCCUGCUUCGCCCCGCAGAAACAGUGCAGAGAAGAUCUGCUCAAGAGUUUCACAGAUCAGCUGCGUAAGAUCUCUAAGGACGCUGGCAUGCCCAUCCAGGGCCAGCCCUGCUUCUGCAAGUACGCCCAGGGGGCAGACAGCGUGGAGCCCAUGUUCAAACACCUCAAGAUGUCCUAUGUUGGCCUACAGCUCAUUGUGGUCAUCCUGCCCGGCAAAACACCUGUCUACGCGGAGGUGAAGCGUGUAGGAGACACUCUGCUGGGCAUGGCCACCCAGUGUGUUCAGGUGAAGAAUGUGGUGAAGACCUCCCCCCAGACCCUCUCCAACCUCUGCCUCAAGAUCAACGCCAAACUGGGGGGCAUCAACAACGUCCUCGUUCCCCAUCAGAGGCCCUCCGUGUUCCAGCAGCCUGUCAUCUUCCUGGGCGCUGACGUUACCCACCCCCCGGCGGGUGACGGUAAGAAGCCGUCCAUCGCAGCGGUGGUGGGCAGCAUGGAUGGCCAUCCCAGCCGCUACUGUGCCACCGUGCGGGUGCAAACCUCCCGCCAGGACCUGUCCCAGGAGCAGCUUUACAGUCAGGAAGUGAUCCAGGACCUGACCAACAUGGUGAGAGAGCUGCUCAUUCAGUUCUACAAGUCCACCCGCUUCAAGCCCACACGGAUCAUUUACUACCGAGGAGGAGUGUCGGAGGGCCAGAUGAAACAGGUGGCGUGGCCAGAGCUGAUAGCCAUCAGGAAGGCAUGUAUCAGUCUGGAGGAGGACUACAGACCGGGCAUCACCUACAUCGUGGUGCAGAAACGCCACCACACCCGCCUCUUCUGCUCCGACAAGGCUGAGAGAGUGGGCAAGAGUGGCAACGUUCCGGCCGGCACCACAGUGGACAGCACCAUCACACACCCCUCUGAGUUUGACUUCUACCUGUGCAGCCAUGCUGGGAUCCAGGGCACCAGCCGUCCCUCCCACUACCACGUCCUGUGGGACGACAACUGCUUCACGGCAGACGAGCUCCAGCUGCUCACCUACCAGCUGUGCCACACCUACGUCCGCUGCACGCGCUCCGUCUCCAUCCCUGCGCCAGCCUACUACGCCCGGCUGGUGGCCUUCCGCGCCCGCUACCACCUGGUGGACAAGGACCACGACAGUGCGGAGGGCAGCCAUGUGUCAGGGCAGAGUAACGGCCGGGAUCCCCAGGCCCUGGCCAAGGCUGUCCAGAUUCACUAUGACACCCAGCACACCAUGUACUUCGCUUGAACCACACCAGCAGGGACAGCGCAACUUCCUCUCUAUCCUCUCUCUCUCUGUCUCUGUUUUUUUGCCAGUCUCUCUCUCUCUCUCUUCCUUGCGUCUUGAUCUGCACCUGAGCGACUAGAAGCCAGUGGAAUUCGGCCUCGUUGUCCUCCCCAUUUCCCACUCGGGGGUGGGAAACAAACGACGUUUGGCGUUCCCACAAUCAAGUCGCCCUCUACCAGCAAAAGCAGGCAGUACAGGACCCGCCUGGGUCUCCACUGCGCAGAGUAAAAUCCCCACACUUACACAGUUGAGCCAUUUCUAUUGAGUUAGCGAUCAUUUAUUUUUGUUUUGAAUGUCUAUUUUUGUUUGUUUUUGUAAUAUACACUGAGCGCAGGGCGGACUGGCGCUAACCGCCAGGGCAGCUCUUUAGCUCUCCCAGCUAAGCAGGACUCUCUACUUUACCUCAAAGCCCUUUUGGGGCGAAAUCUGUCACAAGGUCUUGGGUUGGGUUGUUGGGGCACUGCAUGAGGAUUGGGGUGGGGUGGGGGGUGGGGGUUGGGGUGGGAAAAGGGGCAGUGACCUUUUUAGACUAUUUUUUUUCCUUUUUAUGACCGUGUUUUAACCUUUUUUCUUUUUCGGUCUUUUACAAGCGAGGUGACCUGGGUGUCCACGCCCAUUACUCUUCUUCUCCCAUUUUAGCGAAAGAAUACGUGUGUGUGUGGUGCGUUUGUGUUGUGUAUAUACGUGUGUGUGUGUUUUUCAUGGCAGGCCACUGAAUUGUAAAGGGAAAUCAAGGAGAUAACUGCUGUAAAUGCCUCAGAUUUGAUGUUUUUAUAUUCACACAUUACAUAUAUAAUAUACAUAUAAAUAUUUACAUCUCUAAAAGCAACAGAUGAACUUUCCAGGCCUCUCUCUGAGGCUGGUGGGUGUAUGUGUAGCAGUAGUAACCGUGGUCUGGCCUGUGUGUUUGGCCAGACAUUGGGACCUGUUGAAUGGCCGAGAGCUUUGCACAGACAGACAGAGCCGGUUAACUGGCCUUGACGUCUGUGUGAGGGGGUGGGGGGGAGAGCGGAUCUGCUUGGUCCAUACUUAACCCUCUGUUGGUGUGAGGAGGUGACGAUGAUCCUGGUUAGGGGAGUGGGGAGUAGCAGUAGCUUUUUUUUUUUUUGUAUUUUUUUUAUUUUAUUUGUAAGGCGCUAGUCGUCUGGUUUUCAGUGGGGGAACGCAGGGGGGGAGGGCGAGGGUUUGGAAACACGAGGUCCGUUUUUUUUAGGUCUCCUUUGCCACACCGGCCAAUUCAUUGCACUGACCCAGCACACCAGGCGAAGCAACAGAGGGCACUCUCUCGAACCUUUAUGCAUUUAUACAUAAGAAUCAUCAAAACAGAUUUGUAAGAGUUUAAUAUAAAAUAAUGUUCUGUGGCUAUCUUAACUUGUUUAGAGCAGUAGUUUACCGUUGUUGACGUUCUUAUCGUUGUUGUUGUUGAAGUUGUUGUUAGUACUAUGAUGGUAAUUUUUUAAUGUUUUAUCAGAAAGGCAGCAGACCUGAAGGUUGAUAGGAGAUCAGGGCUAGGUUUUGGAGCUGCAGGACAGAGUUCAGGGUUUGGAGACUCCUGGACUUGGUAGCAUUCUGGCCAUGGUUUGGGCCCCAAGGUGUGUCAGGUUUGAACUCCCUCAUCCUUCUCAGUUGUUCCAUAGUGAGAUCUGGUGUUAGUGGGAAGGUUUGAUCGUGUUCUCCAGUCAGUACGGUAGAAGUAGGUCUCUGACGGGUACCCCGACUGGUCAAGCAGAUGUUUGCCAGCGCACCCAUGUAAUGGGCAGUGUUGGCAUCGGGGUGUCGGAUUGAGGAGAAAGCGGUUGACAGUCUGAGCUGGUAGAAAACUUGGAUUUGAGGGAGUUGAAUGCUUCAGAGGUAUGCAAUAGGCAAUGAUUUUUUUUCUUUUUUUACCUACAAGAAAUUUCUAUAACUGUGUGUGUAUGUGUGUAUUUGAAUAAGUAUACCUAUCUCUACUUAUAGUGUUUUUUUUAUUAAUCUAAGAGGAAAAGGUUCAAACACAAGAUAUGAAUUGACAGUAAGCAUAAGCACUGCCCCCGUCUGGAACUACCAGUCACCUGGCCAGGUUCUAUCAUCGGUGCGGUUAUCACCACUGUUAUGAUUGUUUUUAUGGUUACGGUAGUGCAGGCAGGGCUACCUUGUACCUCUUCUCGUUACGGUUAGAGGCUGGGGGGGAGGGGCGGGGAAUGAAAGGGAGGAUGGGCGACGUACACGCCCCUGCAGGAUGGAAAGCUCAGCAAAGAACCCGUUUGUAAUAAACCACCCGUAAAGCAGCAGGUUUGCUAUGAACGAGUUUGAGCCCACCUGCCUGCCGAGGGCGUGGGCGCUGGCCUAUAGGAGAGGAGCAGUGCGAGGCCACCGGCCUAUGAGAGGAAAGCAUGGAAUAGGUAACAGCCAGUAGCGGAGAAGUGUGGGGAGAGGGUUGGUCUUUAGGGGUGGGCACCGGCCGAUCACAGAGAUGCAUGGGAUGUGGGGAUAAGGGGGGUAGGAUCCAGGCUUUGCAUGCAAUACGUUUCGGAUCAAAGCUCAGAAAAGGAAGUGCACUACUCUUCCCUUGGCGAGGGAGCUGUGGUGGUGGUUGGCUUGGUGCUCGGGUCCUGUUUCCCUUUUGGAGGGGUUUGGCUAGACUAGCGUUCUGUUACAGGAAGGGGUUCCUUUCCAUGUUCCCUUGUUCACUCUUCACUUCAUAAGAGCUGUGGGAUUAGUUUGGUGCAAAUAUCAAGGUGGUAACAAUUUAGACUAUUGAGAUCCGUGAAGAAUGAAUGAAAAGGAAAAAUGUUCACAUGAGGAGGAGCAACUUUUUCCAACGGAAUGCUGUCUGUGUGGGGGUCCUAACUAGGGGGCAAGUAUUGAUGACUCCAGUUUUGAACAUAUUAACAUUGCAAAGCAAUAUUAACCCAAAUCCAGUUUUCGAAUGCGGAAAAAAAGCUAUAAUUCUUCUUGUUGAUGUGGCUGUUGGUCUGCUCUUGCUAUUGCUACCGUUUGUAUUCCUGUACUUGUUUUUUUGCUUGUAUCAAUCAGUGGGAAUGUGCAUUUGUGGACUUAGCUCGUUAGGGUCUUUUUUUAUAGUUAACAUUUUAGACUUUGCUCGUCUGCAUGCCAGAGUAUUGUCCUAAAAACUUGUUAGAAUCAUAUUUAUUAAAGAGAGAGAAAGAGAAAAAAAAAUGAAGUCAGUUUUCUUGGUCAAUGUAUAUUAAUUUAGUAAGACUGUUUUUAGGCUAGCAAUAUUGUACCAGUCUCUCUAGACAUAUUUUAAAGAUUCCUACACAAAUGUCAGUAAAACCCGGAGGCAUAAGCUGGCGGAAGCGAAGAGGUUAAGUCUUGACAGUGUGCCCAAGCUCAAACGAGGUACUUUCUUCAAAUGUGGACCCGUCAAGACCCGACCCUUCGUUCCCGCCCAGGCCAGUCGUAACGUCCACUUGGGAGUUGAACGCCUGGCUUGUGCCCCUGCCAAGCCUCUCGGGGCUGUCCCGUCCGUGGUGCUGCCCAGGUGGCCACUCACAAGCGCACUUCCUCUCUGUGAGGCGGCCUUUGGCCCAAGGCGUCCACGGCAACGGGAUUACCUCUUUUUAACCUUUUUAAAAGAUCCAUUCUUUUUCCGUGCCCCGAUUGACAGAGAGCAUGAUUUAUUUUUAAAUUCCGCUUUGAUAUUAUAUCUCUACAGAUUUGUUAUUUGACAUUGUGUAAGUUAAUUUUUUUGGUUCCUUUUUCCGGUGUGUAGCUCUGCCGUUUUUUCUUUUUUUUCUUUGCUAGUGGUCUGAGCUGUCUGUGACUGUCCAAUAGCAAUAGAAUGGUAGCCUGUCAGACCUGCUGGGGAGGGCGGGACCUCGUGGUCUGGCUCCUCCUACAAGGGGUGCCCAAUCACUCGCUGUAUUGCUAUGCGACAUGUUAAAAAUAUUUGUCUUUUUUUGUCUUUUUCUUUUUUUUAGCCUGCAGGGAAUAUUUGUGUUAUUGUGCAAAGUAAUAAAUUGGUAUUUUAUGCCUAUAUCAUAA